GGAUAUGACCAGCUUUCGCGAUUUUGUGCGAUCAUCGGCCUUCCAAAACCGCUGCAUCACAAGACAUUCCAUGCUAUUUCUAAGAAGCUCCAUGGUGCUGCAAUGGAAGCUGUUAGCCAAAACUUGGAACUGGCGCGAAAAGUCACGAAAGACGCCGUUGGCGGCGGCGAUGUGCCAGUCAUGUUUGACGGCACUUGGCAAAAAAGGGGCCAUAAAAGCCACAACGGAGUGGGCACAGCUGUGUCCCUGGACACAGGUCUUUGCUUGGACUUUGAAGUCCUUUCAAAUUACUGUCUUGCUUGCAGUAUCCACAAGGACAUGGGUGAUGAUGAUGAGGUAUGGCAAGCCUUUCAUCGUCCUGUAUGUGAAAGAAACACCGAAUGUUCAUCCCAUGCAAUGGAACCUGAAGCAGCAGUGCGCAUAUGGCAGAGGACUUUGUCAUACGAGACCCCACUGCGCUUCACAAGCUUCUUGAGUGAUGGGGACAGCAAAGCCUUUACUGCCGUCUGUGGGGCUGAGGUGUACGGUGACACUGUCAUCGAAAAAGAAGAGUGCACCAACCACGUUGCAAAACGCCUAGGCACUGCUCUGCGAAAAAUGACAACGCCACUGCCACGAGGUGAAAAGCUAACGGUCGCAGCCAUCCAGAAACUGCAGACAUACUACCAAAUAGCCAUAACAAAUAACAAGGGCAGUGUGCGCAGCAUGUACACUGCUAUAUGGGCCUCAUAUUUUCAUUGUUGCUCCAGUGAUGGGGCCAGCAGCCACAAAUUUUGCCCUGCUGAACCAGAUUCCUGGUGCAAACAUAGGCGUGCUGAAGUACUGGGGGAGCCUACACCACGCCACACCCCCUUGUUGACAAAAGCUCAGGGCUUGGCAAUUAUGCCUAUAUAUAAGCGCCUUACUGAUGAGAAGCUCCUGGCUCGGUGCCUUCAUGGCAAGACGCAAAAUGCAGCAGAGUCACUCAACAGCAAGAUAUGGCUGCUGUGUCCAAAAACAAAAUUUGCUUCCCGGACAUCUGUGGAGACAGCCACGGCUAUUGCCGUGCUGUGGUACAAUAAAGGCCAUGCGGGCUUUGAAGAAGUCCUACAAGAGAUUGGAGUACUUCCCCCAGAAGAGUUGGUCACACAUAGCGACCAUUCUGAUGACAUGCGCGUAAAGAAAAUGAACUUGAAGCGAACCGCAGAAGCAAGGGCGCACCGUCGUAGCGCAGUGAAAAGGGCUCGCACCGAGGAGACCAACCGUAGGAGCCGGGAAGGGCCAAGCUACAGUGCAGGAGCAUUCUAGAAACUUUUGUGUGCUUUCUGUGAAGCUGCUCUUGAGUGUGACAAAGAUUAAUGCAAAAACAACUGGAUUUUGAAGAAUAGAAGGUUUUGAAACUUUCAAACCUGUUUUUCUCAUUUUCAAAUUUUUUGAUAUUUUCGUGUCUUCCGGGAAGCCUUUUGUACACUUAGAAUUGGUGUAUACUAAUGAAAUUUGGCACACAUA